GUUGAUUCCCUCUUUUGUGGCAGCUCGAGAUAGCGGAGCAGAACAGCAACAACGACGCCAGUGACGACAGGGAGCAGGCCCUCAGACCAGGGAUGGGGAAGAAAAGUCGUCUCACAGGAGGGGCGGUCGGACGGAGAACAAUCUUACAGCUUUCACCUCCUGGGCUCCGCGGUGGGAACGCCGGAGAGAGGGACGAGGCACCCUCGGGAUCUGAUGACGAGCAGGAGGGUGACGGGCAAAGAUUCCUGAAGGAGAAACGCACAAACAUGAAGGCCCCCGCAGUAAAGGCCACAGAGGGAUUGUCCCUGCUUGGAGCCUAUGAAGAUAGUGAUGAAGAGGAUGCUGGAGACUCUCAGCGUUCAACCGCAAAUUCUCAGCACAACCAGUCAGCUGACAUCGAUAGUACGCUGGCCAAUUUCAUGGCUGAAAUCGAUGCAAUCACCACUCAGCCAAGUUCAGAUGAUGCAACAGCUCAUCCUUCAGUCCCAACUACCGCCCCACCCAAACCUGAGGUUAAUACUCAGCAGCCAGCUGCCAGUGAAGGGCAGAAUCAACAAAGCACAGAGUUUGAGUACAAUACUCAGUACUCACUAGCUGGAGUGGGUGUAGAGAUGGGAGACUGGCAGGAGGUAUGGGACGAGAACUCUGGUUGUUACUACUACUGGAACACUGUGACGAACGAGGUGUCCUGGGAGCUGCCACACUAUCUAGCUGAUCAGGUGCAAAGCCUGGAGCAGUACACCAACAGCUCCAGUGUUAAUGGCAAUGGCACAGCCCAUGCAGGUUAUUACACAGAGGAAAGUGCUGCAUCUGCUGCAGUCCCGACGUCAGUGAAAGAGACCAAAGUCAAGGAGGUAAUUGAGAGCGUUGUAGGACUCACAAGUGAAGAGGAGGAGCGCCGUGGGGUGGCUGCAUCUCUGCUUGGUCCCCUGAUCCCCUCUGAAGUCAAAGAAGCAGAAGAAAAAUGGCGAAAAAGGCUACUUAAAGGCUUAGAUGAGACGGAGAACAGUUUGGAUUCUGAUGGAGAGGGUGUACGCCCUGCAGGGUCCCCCUCUACCCCCCUGCGUGACACAGAUUCAGUCCCCACUGUCCAGAAAGAUCUCAGUGCCAAGAAGCAGUCAGGAGACAACUCGGAUGCUGAGGAGGAGACAGAGGAAGACACAAUGGAGCUUGAAUUGGCUCUGGAGAGGAAAAAGGCUGAGCUCCGGGCACUUGAAGAGGGUGAUGGGAGCACCGGGGGCUCCAGUCCUUGUUCUGAGACGAGCCAAGAAGCCUCUGCCUCUCGUGGUCUUCUACCUAAGAAAACCCGGUGGAAAACUGUUUUCCCCUCUGCUGCCAGCCCCGACUCUAACAGCAGAGGUUCAGACCUACAGGACAACACAGAGACUACACUUUCUAAAGUCCUAGAGACUGUUGCAGAAGGAGAAGACAAGGAAACGGACAAUUCUGAAGAGAAAACAGUUUCAAAACCUCAGGUAAAAGAAGAGCAAGAAACGCCUGAGCUCAAAGUGGAAACGCCUGAGCUCAAGUUUCAGAUUGGAGAAUUGGCCAACACCUUAACCAGCAAGAUGGAGUUCCUGGGGAUAAACAAAAAAGCUAUCUCAAACUUUCAGUUGCUUCUGCUACAAACUGAGACACGGAUCGCUGACUGGAGGGAGGGUGCUCUGAAUGGGGUCUAUCUUCGCCGCAGGCUGCAGGAAGCUGCCGAACACAUAAAAUAUUACGAACUUAACGCCACCCCUAAAGGCUGGUCCUGCCACUGGGACAGAGAGCACAGGCGGUAUUUCUAUGUGAAGGACCGGACUGGUACCUCCCAGUGGGAUUUUCCAACAGAGGAAGACAAGGAGGAGGACCUGAAAGGCAGCCAAGGUACCCUGACACAGACUUCCAGCCAAGGGGACAAUAAAACAUCAUCUACAUCUACUGGUGGAGUCACAGGAUCUGCUACUUACGCUGCAGCUGCUCCACCAGCACCCCCUCAGCCCAGUGCAUUCUGGUCCCCAUCCCAACCUCCUCUUCCUGACAGUCCACCUCCUCCCUCCAACUACCCACCACCUCCUCCUCUCCCUCCUGGCUCCCCUCCCCCUCCUCCUCCCCCUCCUGACAGUGAUGGCGAAAUCAUGGAGGUGGAGAUGGAGAUGGAUGAUGAUAAUGACGGGGAGCCUCCGGCCCCUGGAACUGAGGAAGAUGGCAGUGGAAGGCCUCCUGUACCUCCAGGCACUGCCGGCAUGAAGAUCGCAGAGUCAUCUGGUCCCCUGGGGAAGGGUCAGAAACGUAAAGCUGGUCAGCUGAAUAAAGCCAUUACUAUUGGCAGCAGUCCCAUUCUCUACACCCAGCCUGCUGCCAGUGCAGCUCCUCUAAUGUCAGCAACUGCCUACUGGGGUGUGCCAGCUGUCACUGCCCCUUUAGUUCCUUGUGAACCUCCACUCCCACCUGUCCCAGCCCUACCUCCUCAACCACCACUGCCACCAUCCCAGCCACCCUUUGAAGCUCCUGGAGCCAAAGCUCUGCCCACAGAUAAGACCAAGAAAAUAAAAAAGGACAAGUCGAAGAAGAGUAAGACCAAAAUGCCCUCUCUGGUGAAGAAGUGGCAGAGCAUCCAGAAAGAGUUGGAUGAGGAAGAGAAGAGCAGCUCCAGCGAUGAGGACAGAGACCAGCUUAACAAGAAGAGUAUCGAGGAGUGGAAGCAACAGCAGCUUGUGACAGGAAAAGCGUCUAAGAACGCCAACUUUGAGGCUCUCCCUGAAGACUGGCGGGAGCGACUGAAGAAACGGAAGAUGAACAGCACGUAACAUCUGGCCUGGGUCAUACACUGCCCACUCCGUGUUUUUUAAAUCCACUCCUACCACUACCAUGAGGUCAUCCUUCCCCAGUUUAAGUUUCAUUCAAUAAUCUGUGAACUUUUUCUACCAGUUUCCUUGUUCAUGAUGGAGACAUUUAAAGGCCCUUACAUGGCAGGCCAUUCACCAGAGGGGUUUGAAUGUCCUUUUUGUUGUUUUUGUAGCCACAAUUGUAAAUGUGCCAAAUGUCUUGAGUUCACUAGUUGCACCACCAUGUAGAUGACCACCACAGGUUGUUUGGAGGGACUGUCUAUUUUAUUGAGCAUUUUUACAACUGUGUACAUACAAUGUAUAAUGGGUUAAGCCAUGUUUUUGGAGCGGGGAGGGAAUGUCACUGAACUUGUAUAUUUUGUAAAAAAGUUAUUAAACGUUUUUUUUCCAAAA